AUGACCGGCUCACACAAUCACCACGACGAUCAGGCCUCCACCAACUACAAGGAAGCGUUCUCCCUCUUCGACAAGCGCGGCUCCGGCAAGGUCUCCCUAGAGUCCCUCGGUGACCUCCUGCGCGCAUGCGGCCAGAAUCCCACCCUCGCUGAGAUCGCCGAUCUGGAGAAGAGCCUCGGCGGAGACUUCGACUUCGAUUCUUUCGUGAAGGUUCUCAACCGUCCGGGCGGCUUCCGCGACCCUGGCGAAGCCGAGGAAUACUGCCGCGGCUUCCAGGUGUUUGAUAAGGAUAUGACCGGAUUUAUUGGAGUUGGUCAGCUUCGAUACAUUCUGACAAACUUGGGCGAGAAGAUGUCGGACGAAGAGGUCGAUGAACUGCUCAAGGCGGUUGAUACCAGCUCGGGUGAGAUUAACUACACCGAGCUCGUUCGCACGAUCCUGGCCAACUGAUGAUUGAUACACGAUACCCUAUGUUCUAUGAUAUUAUGAGAAUCACUCGAGGGGCGGAGUUGGGCUAAGUUUCAGUUCGUUUGUAUUGUAUAUCGGGUUCAUAUGAUAUGGAUAGCAAUAGCAAUGAUAGCAUAGAUAUUUG